UUUGGACAUUCUACGUAGGCGUAGCAUAUGGUAGUCGAAAGUUUUCUUGGCGUGUCUCAAUCAAUGAAUCAACCUAAGCCUGAACAGCGCAACUCAGAUACAUUAGAACUGGCAGAAGAACGUAUUGUAAACUCAGUCGUGGAGAGGACCCCACAGGAGCAGAAAAUAGGUGACGUUGAAAGGUAUGUAGGAUUAGGCGCAGGGGCAUUUUGUCUUGUGACGUGGCGUCUAUUGUCUCGACCUUUUGUUAUAUUUCAAAGACAGUGUCAGGUAAAUCGAGACGCAUCAACUUCGUUUUCUGUUUUUUCUCCUUUUUCAACACUUGGUGUGAUGGCCAAUAUAGCUUCUCAUCAGGGAUCUCCUUCUCAAUGGGGUGGACUGGGUGGUGAGCUAGUGGUGAUAGGAAUUCAAGGAGUUUCAGAGAAUCUGCUGAAUGAAUCACGUUAUCUUCCAAAGAGUUUGUCUGAUGUGAAUGGAUCUGUGAUGUUGACAGGGCAUCUAAUGAACAGAUGUGUUUCUUUUUUGUUGAGCUCUCCAUUCUAUGCUUCAUCAGUUGUCCAGUCAGUUCAAAGUCACCUUGAUGGGGGGACACCUGCAGUGUUUGACUGUAUCAAGUCAGGUGUAGCACAGAUCUUUGGCUACAAGAUUUGUUCUCGAUACUUUCUCUCUCUGUACAUUACAGCACCAGUCUUUGUUGGAUAUAAUUUACUUCAAUAUUGUACGGAGGCAAUUGUGACAUCAUGCAUAAAUCGAUUCACCGCUUGGACACAUCCAGAAGACUCAAAUGGAAGUGAAUCCAGCAUUCUCAGUGUAUUUUAUCCACAACUGCUAUGUGGAACAAUCAGUACGGCUGUCAGUAGUGUGCUGCUUUAUCCUGUGCAAACUGUGUUGCAUCGAUUGGUUGUACAAGGCACUCAGACUGUGAUUGACAAUACAGAUACAGGAAUAGGCUGUGUUCCUGUUCAUACAAUGUACAGCGGGUUUGUAGAUUGUUGGAUGACUACAAUACAAGAGGAAGGCUGGAAUGGUUUGUAUAAAGGGUUUAGUUCAUUGUUGCUGCAGCUUGUAUUGGGAAUUGCUAUUGUGCAUGCUGCCAAAGUUGUGUUCAUUCACUUUGCAGAAGAUUCACAGACUGGCAGACAACAGUAGGAGAGAAAUGUUUAAUAUUCAUGUGACAUGUGUUAUUAUAUUCAAAUAAUAAAUUGGAAUUUAUAUUUGGAAAA